AUGCUGCAGCUAGUCCGGGUCGCUGUGCGGGCUUGGGCUCGGCCCGCCGGCUGCCGGGCCCUGAACUCGCUGGCAGAAGAGGCAGCGCCGCAAGCGGUGGAGCAGGUGCCGGUGGCGAGCGCAGGUCCCCCAGCUCCCGCGCUGCGCAUGUGCGAACUCCCACUGCCCGCGCAUCGGCCCCCGGUGCAGGCCUGGGUGGAGUCCCUGCGAGGCUUCGAUCAGGAGCGCGUGGGUCUGGCGGAGCUGCACCCCGACGUCUUCGCCACGGCGCCUAGGUUGGACGUCCUGCACCAAGUCGCCAUCUGGCAGAGGAACUUUAGGAGAAUCAGCUAUGCCAAGACCAAGACUAGGGCCGAGGUGCAGGGCGGUGGCCGGAAGCCCUGGCCGCAGAAAGGCAGUGGGCGUGCCCGGCAUGGCAGCAUCCGCUCCCCGAUCUGGCGAGGAGGAGGCGUUGCCCAUGGCCCCCGAGGCCCCACGAGUUACUACUACAUGUUGCCCAUGAAAGUGCGGGUGCGCGGCCUCAAGGUGGCGCUGACCGUCAAGCUGAUGCAGGAUGACCUGCACAUCGUGGAUUCCCUGGAGCUGCCGACCCCAGACCCCCAAUACCUGACGGAGCUGGCCCAGUACCGCCACUGGGGGGACUCUGUGCUCCUCGUGGACUUAGCCCAUGAGGAGAUGCCGCAGAACAUGGUGUCAGCCGCCUCCAAGCUGAAGACCUUCAACCUGAUCCCAGCUGUUGGCCUGAACGUGUACAGCAUGCUCAAGCACCAGACCCUGGUCCUGACCCUGCGCACCAUCGCCUUCCUGGAGGAGAAGCUGCUGUGGCACGACUCGCGCUACACGGCGCUCUACCCCUUCCGCCUGCCCUACCGUGACUUCCCCUGA